AUGAUAGAAAGGGAAAAAAAAAAAAAAGAAAUCACUGGACUUUUUAAUUCACACAAAAACCAAUCAACACUUUCAAGUUCUUACUCAAAUUUAUCAAAUCUAAACAACAUAUCAAUGGAAUCAAAUAACAAUAAAUUGAAAAAGAAAUUAAUCAACAUAGCAUAUAAUGAAGAAGAUGAGGGAGAAGAGGAGGAAGAAGAAUUUAAGAUAAAAAGCGUAUAUGAUCUUAAGAAACAAGAACGGAAUAAAUUAGAUAAUACCACCAAUGAUACAGAACGAUCGGAUAACACUAAUCUAGAACAUAAAGAUGAAAUUGGUCAUCAACAAGAACAAGAAGAAGAGGAGGAGGAGGAAGAAGAGGACGAUAAAGAAGAAUCACCACCAAAAAUAAUCAAUAGAGAUCCAUCAAUUGAUUCAGAUUAUGAUUCCGAUCUUGAUUUAAAUAAUUCUGAAUCAAUAUCAAUUAAUCAAUUAAAAACUCAUAAAUACUUAGGAUGA